AGCGCGCCGGGCCGGGACGGGCCGGACCGCGCCGCCGCCGCCGCGCCGACAUGUCGGCGGCCAAGGAGAACCCGUGCAGGAAAUUCCAGGCCAACAUCUUCAACAAGAGCAAGUGUCAGAAUUGCUUCAAGCCCCGCGAAUCGCAUCUGCUCAAUGACGAGGACCUGACGCAGGCAAAACCCAUUUAUGGUGGCUGGCUACUCCUGGCUCCAGAUGGUACUGACUUUGACAACCCAGUGCACCGGUCUCGGAAAUGGCAGCGACGGUUCUUCAUCCUUUAUGAGCAUGGCCUCUUGCGCUACGCCCUGGAUGAGAUGCCUACCACCCUCCCUCAGGGUACCAUCAACAUGAACCAGUGCACAGAUGUGGUAGAUGGGGAGGGCCGUACAGGACAGAAGUUCUCCCUUUGCAUUCUGACACCUGACAAGGAGCAUUUCAUCAGGGCAGAAACCAAGGAGAUCAUCAGUGGGUGGCUAGAGAUGCUCAUGGUGUAUCCCAGAACCAACAAGCAGAACCAGAAGAAGAAACGGAAAGUAGAACCACCCACCCCACAGGAGCCUGGGCCUGCUAAGGUGGCUGUCACUAGCAGCAGCAGCAGCAGCAGCAGCAGCAGCAUUCCCAGUGCAGAGAAAGUCCCCACCACCAAGUCCACACUCUGGCAGGAAGAAAUGAGAGCCAAGGACCAGCCUGAUGGGAACAGCUUGAGUCCAGCUCAGAGUCCCAGCCAAAGCCAGCCUUCUGCUACUAGCUCCCCACGGGAAACAGGGCUAGAAAGCAAAGAAGAGGACAGCACCAUGAAUGGGGACCGUGUGGACAGUGGUCGGAAAGUACGGGUAGAGAGCGGCUACUUCUCCCUGGAGAAGGCUAAACAGGACCUGAGGGCUGAGGAGCAGCUCCCCCCACCACUCUCCCCACCCAGCCCCAGCACCCCCCACAGCAGGUACAGUUGCCCUGAGUCACCUUCUCAGGAGCUCGGCCGCCCCCUUCACUCCCCAGGUCCUCGAGCCCCAAGCCGCAUGGUCUGCAGCAUCUCUCUCGACAGCCUGAGUGAGGCUAGCUGGCCUCCCAACCACAUGGACUCCAGCAGUGCUGGGGGGCGGGGGACAGAGGUACUGGGGAGCACCUUUGCCUUUAAAGCCAGCAGGCAGUAUGCCGCCCUGGCCGACGUCCCUAAGGCCAUCCGGAUCAGCCACCGAGAAGCUUUCCAGAUGGAAAGAAGGCGGUUGGAGCAUAGAACUCGGGCCCGGAGCCCUGGCAGGGAAGAGGUGGCCCGUCUGUUUGGCAACGAGCGGAGGCGGUCCCAAGUAAUUGAGAAAUUUGAGGCCUUGGACAUUGAGAAGGCAGAGCACAUGGAAACCAGCGUGCUGACCAUGGCCACCCCAUCCAGUGACACUCGUCAGGGCCGCAGUGAGAAGCGGGCCAUCCCCAGAAAACGGGACAUUACCAGUGAAGCCCCCACAGCUCCUUUCUCAGAUGCCCGUCCCCUGUCUCCACAUCGAAGAGCCAAGUCACUGGACAGGAGGUCCACGGAGUCCUCCAUGACGCCCGACCUGCUGAAUUUCAAGAAAGGCUGGCUGACCAAACAGUAUGAGGAUGGCCAGUGGAAGAAGCACUGGUUUGUCCUGGCUGAUCAGAGCCUGAGAUACUACAGGGACUCCAUGGCUGAGGAGGCAGCUGACCUGGAUGGAGAAAUUGAUUUGUCCACCUGUUAUGAUGUCACAGAGUAUCCAGUCCAGAGAAAUUAUGGCUUCCAGAUACAUACUAAGGAGGGUGAGUUCACACUGUCGGCCAUGACAUCCGGCAUCCGGCGGAACUGGAUCCAGACCAUCAUGAAGCACGUACACCCAACCCCUGCCCCAGAUGUGACCAGCUCAUUGCCUGAGGAAAAGAGUAAGAACUCCACUUCUUUUGAGAGCUACUCAAGGCCAAAUGAGAAGCAAGAAACUGAGCCAGGGGAGCCAGAUCCCGAGCAGAAGAGGAGCCGAGCUCGAGAGCGGAGACGAGAGGGCCGCUCCAAGACCUUUGAUUGGGCUGAAUUCCGCCCCAUUCAGCAGGCCCUAGCUCAGGAAAGAGCCAGCACUCUUGGGUCCCCUAAUCAGGCUGGUGAACCUGGGCACCCAGGUGAACUGGAACGUGAACGAGCUCGGCGACGAGAAGAACGCCGCAAGCGUUUUGGGAUGCUGGACACCAUGGAUGGCCCAAGUGCAGAGGAUGCAGCCUUACGCAUGGAGGUCGACCGCAGCCCAGGGCUUCUGGGCCCCUCUGAUCUCAAGACACAGAACGUCCAUGUGGAAAUCGAGCAGCGGUGGCACCAAGUGGAAACUACCCCUCUUCGGGAGGAGAAACAGGUGCCCAUCGCCCCUCUGCACCUGUCUUCCGAGGAUGGAAGUGAGCGGCUCACCACACAUGAGCUCACGUCUCUGCUGGAGAAAGAGCUGGAGCAGAGCCAGAAGGAAGCCUCAGAUCUUCUAGAGCAGAACCGGCUUCUGCAGGACCAGCUAAGGGUAGCCCUGGGCCGAGAACAGAGCGCCCGGGAGGGCUAUGUGCUGCAGACUGAAGUGGCCACCUCCCCAUCGGGUGCCUGGCAGAGGCUCCAUAGAGUCAACCAAGACCUCCAAAGUGAGCUGGAAGCCCAGAGCCAGCGGCAGGAGCUCAUCACACAACAGAUUCAGACCCUGAAACGUAGCUAUGGGGAGGCCAAGGAUGCAAUCCGGCACCAUGAGGCCGAGAUUCGGAGCCUACAAGCAAGGCUCGGUAAUGCUGCUGCAGAGCUGGCCAUCAAGGAGCAGGCUCUGGCCAAGCUCAAGGGGGAGCUGAAGCUGGAACAGGGCAAGGUCCGUGAGCAGUUGGAGGAGUGGCAGCACAGCGAGGCCGUGCUGAGUGGCCAGCUGAGGGCCAGCGAGCAGAAGCUCAAAAGUGCAGAGGCCUUGCUGCUAGAAAAGACACAGGAACUGAGGGACCUGGAGACGCAGCAGGCACUGCAGCGAGACAGACAGAAGGAAGUACAGAGGCUGCAAGAGCGCAUUGCUGAGCUCACCCAGCAGCUGGGUACCAGCGAGCAGGCGCAGCAUCUGAUGGAGGAGAAGUUGCAGAGGAACUAUGCACUUCUGCUGGAGAGCUGCGAGCAGGAGAAGCAGACACUGCUACAGAACCUGAAGGAGGUGGAGGACAAGGCCAGUGCCUAUGAGGACCAGCUUCAGGGCCACGUGCAGCAGGUAGAAGCCCUCCAGAAAGAGAAGCUGAGUGCAACAUGCGAGGGCAGUGAACAAGUGCACCAGCUAGAGGAACAGCUGGAAGUCCGGGAGGCCAGCAUCCACCAGCUAACCCAGCAUGUACAGAGCCUCCGAGAUGAACGGGACCUUGUCAAGCAGCAGUUCCAAGAGCUGAUGGAACAUGUGGCCACAUCUGAUGGGAACAUGGCUAAGCUCCAAGAGAAGCUAAGGGGAAGAGAAGCUGACUACCAGAACCUAGAGCACUCACACCACAGGGUCUCUGUCCAGCUGCAAAGCAUGCGCAUUCUGCUGAGAGAAAAGGAAGAGGAGCUGAAGCACAUUAAGGAAGCACACGAGAGAAUUCUGGAAAAGAAAGACCAGGACCUCAGUGAGGCUUUGGUUAAAAUGGUUGCCUUGGGCAGCAGCUUAGAGGAAACAGAAAUUAAGCUGCAGGCAAAGGAAGAAUUUCUAAGGAGAUUUGUAACUGAUCCUCCAAAGGAUAUUGAGGAGUCUCAGAGCACCCCAGAGGACACAGAAGAGGACAGUAGCAUUUUGCCCUUGGGCCAAGUCACCAGAGCACUUCCAGGCUUUACCCCCUCACAACCAGAAGAUGAAGACCCAGGCACUGGUGUAGGGGAGGAGGGUAGCAGUGGCAGCCCCAGCAGAGAGGAAAAUAUGGUGCCCCCAAAGUCUGCGGACAUGCCUGAUAGGGAGGGGCAUCUUCAGAGCACAUCUAAGCCUGACCAGGGAGCACUUGGCCUUUUUAACAAAAGGCCAAGGAUCCGAUUCUCCACGAUCCAGUGCCAAAGAUACAUACACCCUGAAGGUUGUGCAAAGGCCUGGACCAGCAGCACAUCAUCCGAUACCAGCCAGGACAGGUCACCAUCAGAGGACAGUGUCUCCUCAGAGGCCACCCCUAGCACAUUCCCUGCAGCUGCAGACUCUGAGACAUACCUCUCCAUAAUCCACUCCCUGGAGACCAAGCUCUACGUCACAGAGGAGAAGCUCAAAGAUGUGACUGUGAGACUGGAAAGCCAGCAGGGCCAGAGUCAGGAAGCACUGCUUGCACUGCAUCAGCAAUGGGCCAGCACUGAGGCACAGCUGCAGGAGCAGCUCCGUGCCAGCCUGCUACAGGCAGGUGCGCUGGCCUCUCAGCUGGAACAGGAGAGACAGGAAAGGGCUGCAAGCAUUGAGCACCACGCUGGGGAGCUGGGAGACUUCCAGGCCAAAAAUAGCCAUGCCUUGACAUGCUUAGAGAAUUGCUGGGAAAAGAUAAAAUCUCUGCCACAGGCUGACCAGGAAGAAGGACAGGAUGCACGAGUGGCCUCCCUGGCCAGCAUUGAGAGUGUGCUUGGGAGUGCCAUCAAGGCCCUUCAGCCCUGGGUGGCCCCUGCAGACAGCAAGACCCAGGUUGAGCAAGAGAAGGGACAUUGUAUGGAAAGUGGCAUGACAACUGUGCAGCAACCCUGCCAGCCUAUACUGAAUGAGCAGGAGCACAUGAAGCUGCUUUCUGCUCAGAUAGCCCUGGAGGCCUCACUCAUCAACCAAAUAGCCAACUCUCUAAAAAAUACCACCUCGGAUGUGUAUGGUGUUCUCUGUGAGCUCACUAAGUCAGAAGAGUGGCCACUGAAAGAAGAAAGUGCUACUCUGUCUGCUGGGGCUCCAGUGGAGGCCUGGGCCAAGAAGGUGCUGGUGGAUGGAGAGUUCUGGAGCCAGGUCGAGUCCCUGAGUAAGCACCUGGGGACACUGGGAGAAGAAGCAACCUGUGUAUCAGGAGACAGGCAGCAGCAUAUCUCCCAAAGCCUGGCUGAUGCCACAUGGGUUCGUGCAGAACUCAGCUUUGCCACACAGUCAAUAAGGGACUUGUUCUACCGCAGGCUGCAGAGCAUACAGGAAACCCUACGAGGGACUCAAGCAGCCCUGCAGCAGCACAAGUGCAUGCUGGGGGAAAUCCUGGGAGCCUACCAAACCCCAGACUUUGAAAGAGUGAUACAGCAGAUCUUGGAAACCCUUAGGCAUUCAGCUGGCAGGGAAGACCAGGUACAGACAUCCUGGGACCUGAGCCCAUUAGGAGAGAUACUGAAGCCAGGCACAGAUGGCUUCCAGGAACCCUUGCAGGCAUUGCACCAGAGCCCUGAGGCCCUUGCUGUCAUUCAGGAUGAGCUGGCCCAGCAGCUGUGUGAAAAGGCCAGCAUCCUCGAGGAGAUUGCAGCUGCCUUGCCAGCCAUAUCUCCUGCAGAGCCACUUGGGAGUUGUCAGCAGCUUCUACAGAUGUCACAGCAUCUCUCACAUGAUGCUUGUCUGUCAGGCCUUGGUCAGUAUUCUUCAUUACUGGUUCAAAAUGCAAUUGUUCAGGCUCAAGUAUGCUAUGCAGCCUGCAGAAUCCGCCUGGAAUAUGAAAAGGAGCUGCAGUUCUACAAAGAGGCCUGUCAGGAGGCCAGGGGUGCCUCAUGCCAGGAGCAUGCACAUGUAGUUGGAGCCCUGCGGGAGGAGUAUGAAGAACUCCUCCACAAACAGAAGAGUGAGUACCUGGAGGUAAUCACCCUCAUUGAAAGGGAAAACACUGAACUCAAGGCCAAGGUGAACCAGAUGAACCAUCAGCAGAGAUGUCUGCAAGAAGCAGAAAGCAAGCACAGUGAAAACAUGUUUGCUCUGCAGGGCAGGUAUGAGGAAGAGAUCAGGUGCAUGGUGGAGCAGCUGAGCCGCACUGAGAAUACACUGCAGGCUGAGCGCAGCCGGGUUCGAAGCCAGCUAGAUGCUUCAGUCAGAGACAGGCAGGCCAUGGAGCAGCAACAUGUGCAACAAAUGCAGACACUGGAGGACAGAUUCCAGCUGAAGGUCCGGGAGUUACAGGCCGUCCAUGGGGAAGAGCUGAGGGCCCUGCAGGAACACUACAUGUGGAGCCUACGGGGAGCCCUCAGCCUCUGCCAGCCCUCACAUCCUGAGGCCUCGCUGACCCCCAAGCCAUCUGAGCCUAGGACUAUGCCAGCAGCCGAGGGUGAGGCAGAAUCUAUGAUGGGGCUACGAGAACGCAUCCAGGAGCUGGAGGCCCAGAUGGAUGUCAUGCGAGAGGAGCUGGGCCAUAAGGAGCUGGAGGGUGAUACGGCCACCCUGCGGGAGAAGUACCAGCGAGACUUUGAGAACCUCAAGGCUACAUGUGAGCGAGGCUUUGCUGCCAUGGAGGAGACACACCAGAAGAAGAUUGAAGACCUGCAGAGGCAACACCAGCGGGAACUGGAGAAGCUGCGGGAGGAGAAAGACCGCCUCUUGGCUGAGGAGACAGCUGCCACCAUCUCAGCCAUUGAAGCCAUGAAGAAUGCCCACCGGGAAGAGAUGGAGCGGGAGUUGGAGAAGAGCCAGCGGUCUCAGAUCAGCAGCAUCAACUCUGACAUUGAAGCCCUAAGGCGGCAGUACCUGGAAGAGCUGCAGUCAGUGCAGCGGGAGCUAGAGGUCCUCUCGGAACAGUACUCCCAGAAGUGCCUGGAGAAUGCACACCUGGCCCAGGCACUGGAGGCUGAGCGGCAGGCCCUGAGGCAGUGCCAGCGUGAAAACCAGGAGCUCAAUGCCCAUAACCAGGAGCUGAAUAACCGCCUGGCUGCAGAGAUCACACGGUUGCGGACACUACUGACUGGGGAUGGUGGCGGGGAGUCUGCUGGGUCACCCCUCACACAGGGCAAAGACGCCUACGAGUUAGAGGUCUUAUUGCGGGUUAAAGAAUCAGAAAUACAGUACCUGAAGCAAGAGAUCAGCUCUCUCAAGGAUGAACUCCAGACAGCCCUACGGGAUAAGAAGUAUGCUAGUGACAAGUACAAAGACAUCUACACAGAACUCAGCAUUGCGAAGGCCAAAGCUGACUGUGAUAUCAGCAGGUUGAAAGAGCAGCUGAAAGCAGCCACAGAGGCACUGGGGGAGAAAUCCCCCGAGGGCACUGCUGUUUCAGGAUACGACAUAAUGAAAUCUAAAAGCAACCCUGACUUCCUGAAGAAAGACAGAUCCUGUGUCACCCGGCAACUUAGAAAUAUCAGGUCCAAGUCCGUAAUUGAGCAGGUCUCAUGGGAUAACUGACUCGCGCCCGCUUCCAGGUCCCCUGUGGUAUAGAGUCUGAAGGAAGGCCUGACGGUGCAGGAGCGCUUGAAGCUCUUUGAAUCCAGGGACUUGAAGAAAGACUAGCUGCAUCCUGUUCCACCUGACACACCCUUCCUGGCUGACAGCAGCACAAGCAAAGCGUGGCUGUCAUCUGCAUCUUUGAUUUUCAGUUACCUUCAUUAACUGUGGGUAUGGAUGCAUGAGAGACUGGCUGGUGUGUGGGUUGUUUGCUCCAUUCCCUGCAGUUGAUUCCAACUUCCUGUUGUCUUUAUCACAGCUUUUUUCCAUGGCAUUUUCAGAUUAGUCAAGCUCAAGCAGUGGGGUAGGGAGGGCUGCCCCCCUCAGCAUUUGAGCAGAUCCCUCCGCUCUCCCACUCCGCUCACUGUCAGUAUUAAGGCACAGCAGCCUGUUGAUAAGCUAGCCCUGCCUCAAGAGUGCGUGUGUGGGGACCUGCCAGUGGCUCGGCUCUGCUGCACACAGCUGAAGACCACUACAUGGAUGUAGCCUCCGCUGGUCAGAGCAGAGCCACCAAAUGUCCUAGUCUGGCCUGGUUGCUGGAGGGGCCUAGAGCAGGGUCCAACCUGCCCCACUUCCUUUUCGCUGGGAGGAGGACAGCAUUUUGUAUUUGGCCCACUAAUGCAGCUUAGAACCAUGCUCCCAGAUAAUCCUGACAAAUCUUUCACAACCUGGAAAAUGUUGAAAGCAACCAUUCCUAUUUUUGUUUGUUUUUUAUUAAAUCUUACACAAAACCCCCUGCCCCUCUCAUUCCUUCCUCCGCUCGUGCCUCCCUUGCUACACAAUAACUGUGGUCCCCUGGUGGCCAGGAAAGGUGACCUACAGUUUGGGCCUUCAGACUCAAUCGUCAAGCAGGAUGGAUCCUCUCAGGGGUUUUCAAUUUGUCCCCUUUUAAUCUUUCUAAGAAGUUGUCACAUUGCUUGGAGAAAGGCUUCAAGGAGGCCUGUGUGGUGAAGCCAGGAGGGAUAGGCAUCGGGCUUCUGAGGACACCUGCACUUGCUCAGGACUCAGAUUUGUCUGAGCUCUGGAAGGUUCCCUUGAACCAUCUGCCUCUCAUGGACCUGUUACAAUAAGCCUAUGCUAACAAAUUUGCUUUUUGAACUGUCUGAACAGGACCUUUCUAACUGCCCAAA